AUGCACCACGCUGCUCAAAUCGCACACGACGACGCUCUCGCUACUCCUCCUCACGCCGCCGCUCACGCCCUCGGCUAUAAUAACGAAAAUCGGGGAUGUGACUUCGGGCCCGUUGACAGGACUGGUGGGCGCCGCGGUUGCGGAGGGAGGGAUGGGGGCGAUGAUGCAGGGGAAGUCAGGGCGCAGGUGAGGAGGUUGUUGGUGGCUUGGGGGGAGGUGGUCGGGUGUGUGAAGAGGCUAGCGGAGAGGAGGCAGGCGCUUGAGACAGCGAAGGGGAAGGCAAAGGACGAGGGGCCCACGGAGAGUGAGAGGCAGGAUGUGCUUGCGGCCACGGGCGUUGUGUGGGAGGCAUGCGAUGCGCUCAUUAAACUUUGUGAUGGGGGAAUUGCCGGCUUGGUGGUGCGCAAAGCGGAGGAAUGGAGGAGUGUGCUGCUGGAUGCGGUGGAGGAGUUGAAGGAGUGGGGCGACGAUGUGGACGAGGAUGAGGACGAAGCUGAGGGUAGUGAUGGGGGCUUCGAGAGUGAGGACGAGAUUUUUGGUGCGGCAAACAAGCUUGGGAAGGGGGACAAGGAGUUGAAGGAGGUGUUGGAUAAAAGUGUGAAGAAGCUCAAGAUGGUCGGCGUGCUAUACCAAGCCUUGAUCAAGAGGAGACUGAAGAUUUACCCGGGCUCUGCGGCGACGGGACCAACGAAUGGUGAGGCGCAGAAGGACCAUAUGGCCACGCUGGAAGAGCUCAUGAAGUUGCUGAGGUCAAUACCGGAGCAGGUCGAUGAUCUAGCGAGCGCGUUCUACGAUCUCGACGAAGACGAAGCAAAGGCCAUGCUCGACAAGUGUUCUGGGGAGGCGAAGAGUGCUGCUGGUCUGGUAAAGCAGAAUUGGACGGGCACAGACGAUGAGUUUACGGCAUGGUCGACGAAGUGGGUGGACGCGCUAAACGCGCUUUGA